AGCUUCUUCUAGGCAUAUGGUUCUCCUGAUUGAUUGGACACACAUAAUCAAUAAGUUUUUUAACUGGAAUCUGGCUUAGCUACUUGCUCACACACAGCGGAUGUACGGGGUAGUCGCAAAGCAGGUGUCAAUUUGUGAUUAGUGAUUGAUCAGGCGAUAUUUGAGAUUGAUAACAUUAGAAUCCUCAGUGUUACCUAAUGACGUGUGUCGCCUGAACUCUCGUCUUUGAAAGAUUGUCGUGUUUUUAAAUUUCUUUUGACCUGCAAAGAAACGUGCGAUGUAGUGUGUGGAGCAUGUGUGUAUGUUGGUGUUUGUAAUAUACAAUUGUUGCUUUUUUUUACAUUUCACAACACAAUAACAACACAAGAUAAAGCUUCAGCUUCAGCUUCAGAUAUCUCAAAAUUAAUGAAAAAGUAUUUUUGUAAGUAAGUAUUGUAGCACCUUUUCUCAAACCCCUGCAGAUGAAGCAAUUCAUGAUAAUAUAAUAUAAUAUAUAACUUAAUGCAAUGACUGUUUUCUAAUUCUUUUUGUCACAUAAUUGUCACAUAUGUGCUUACAUGACACAGUGUUCAGAACCUAAUAGAAAACACAUUCAGCAUCUAUAAAGCAACGAUCACUUCUCUCCCAGGAACACCGUGCCUUGCGAAUAAAAAACAGAUACAGACAAAGAGGGCGAGUUCAUUUUGUUCUUGAGCUCUGUCCCGAGAGGAGGAGUCAGUCAGCUAAAUGUAGGUGCUGAGUGGACUGUUGGGGCUGGCUCAGCUGGGGAGCGCUUAAAGGCAAGUUGGAGGGAGGUGUUCAAAUACUGCUGGGUGUCCCCCCUCCUCCCGUCUCUGGAUGAAAGUCGUCUUUUUUACUCUCCCGCUAGCAGAACACCCCUAAAGUUUCCCUCAUGAUCCUCUCCUCCCACAAGUUACCCGAGCUCUGGGACUACUUUCUCAUUUACAUAUCAGGAGCCUUAGAGUUUAAUCCUGACAGCCAAGACGUAGACCUGGGACUGUUUCCCCUCAGGAUGAACCCCACCAUUAAGACCAGGACACUGAUGGGUCCAUACGGAGUAGACCGAGCUGUUCAUUCCUUGGAGUUUACAGACUGUGAGAAUGGCCUGGGAAUUAAGGUGAUUGGGGGUGUGAAAGAGCUAACUGGAGAGGAGUUUGGAGUCUACGUCAAACGAAUUUUACCAGGUGGCCUUGCUUCAAGUGAUGGAAACCUGUUGCCAGGGGAUCAGAUCUUGGAGGUGAAUGGGGACAGUCUUGUUGGAGUCACAAGUGAAAGAGCUGUGGAUGUCUUGAGAGCAGCCUCAGCAACCAAUCACAUGCGCCUUCUCAUAGCCAGAGAUGAGGAAGCAAAGAAAGAAUUUGCCGAGUUGCUCGAGAAGUAUGGAUCUAAUGGUAGCACGGGAUCAACACGCAACUCUCCCAUCCAGCAGGGAGGCCGCUACCUGGAUAGCACAUCAUCUGGUUCCUCAUCUCGCUCCCAGAGUCCUUUGCUGUUGAGCCCAGCAGGCUCUCAGAACAUGUACAACAACAGUGGGCCCAUGCUGCGCUCCCUGAGUCAUCCUGGUGAAGGAGUGAUUCAGCUCAUUUCAGUGGCGCGAUCCAGCAGUUUGGGCAUCACCAUUGGAGGAGGUUCCAACAGGCCCGAUGGCCCUGCAGUCUUUAUCCAGGAGGUGUUGUCUGGAGGAGACUGCCACCGGGAUGGACGUCUGAGGCCUGGGGAUCAGCUCAUUGCCAUUAAUAAGGAGUCCUUGAUAGGUGUGACCCACGAAGAGGCCAAAAGCAUGCUGAACAAAGUCAAACUGGGCCAAGACAGUACAGUGGAGAUAGCCUUCAUACCAGGGAAAGGACUUUUUCCAAGCAGCACAUCUCUCCACAAUGGGAUCCAGCGAGCUGCAGGCAACAACUACAACUCUGGGCGCCUAAAAGUCCACAUCAGGUCGCCAGAGAUCUGUACAGAGGAGCCAGCCCCGGUGUCCUCGUCGUCUCCUGAUAUCUGUCCACCAGAUAUUCAUAUUUCAGGAUCAACCAGCCAGAGGUCACCAACAGGGACUAAACCCAAGAUAACGCUGGACCCUUACAUACGCCUCAAAUCAGACAAAUUAGACCUGGCUUUGUCCUUUCUCGGGUUGGACGUCACAGAAGAGAAGAGGAAAAAGUUGAGACAGAGUCUGACCACAGACCCACAGGGCACUGUGGCUUAUGGAGACUUUGUAGAGGCAACGCGAAGCGUCUUCCAGGAGAACCUGGAGGAGCUGGGUUUGGGGGCGGGUCCCUUCAUGUUUUCCUAUCACGAAGCAGCCAGUUUGAUGGACACGUCGGCCUUCCACUCCCCUACAUAUGAAUCAGAAUGCAGCUACAGCAGUGAGGAGAUGGAGCAGUUUCAGACAGAGGUGAAGCAGCUGCAAACCCAGAUGAAACAGCUCAAGGUGAUGCUGAAUGACAUGGAGAACAGCAAGAAAACCCUGGAGGAGGAGCUGCAGAAGACCUCAGAGAAAGCGUGUCUGACUGUGGAGGAGAACAAUCGUCUGAAGAGUCGUCUGCAGGCAGCUGAGGCUGAGGCGGGGCAGCGGCAGGCCGGCAGCGCAGAGCAGGACUACGAAGAGGUCAUCCAGCUGCUGGAGGCUGAGAUCAGAGACCUGAAGAACCAGUUGGCCAGCAAGAGGCAGGCACGAGGUGUGGAGGCCUCCAAGGAGGAGGUGCAGGAGCUGAACAGGAGGCUGACAUCCAUUGACUGCCAGCUCAGGAAGUCAGAGCUGAACAGGAAACACCUGGAGAUCUCCAACAAGAAACUGCUGGGCUUUGCACAGAACGUCCACAAAGUGCUGACAACACCCAGCCUCUUCGGGAGAGAAGGCGGGAGCAGCUGGGCGCCUCCGGCCGCAGAGAGCCCCAGCGCCCUGUCACCACUUCCUGAUCCCGCCUUCCAACUGGCUGUGGAGGCCCAAGAGCUGGUGGCAGGAGUCUGCACCCUCGCUGCUGAGGGCAAAGCAUCAGAGAGAGUGCUGGAGGAAACAUCAGUCCCAGAUGUCAGCCCUCAUCGUAUGUAAGCCACAAAGAGCCGGAGAGGACCGUGGGAAGACCUAGGCAAGCUGAAAAAGGCCAAAACCACAACGGACUACACAACAGUAAAAAAGACAGGACACCAUCCAAUACACCUUCUCAAAAUGAUGACAUCACUUCGGUGAAUUCAAAUACUCAUUUCGCAGCGACGGAUUGGACAGCCAGCGUUUUAAAGCUGAAGCUUGCUCACACACAUCAUACUAGCGUCUAUUCCACAGACUUUCUGGAGGGUUGGGUGUGAUGGACUGGAGUCGUGACCCCAAGGACUCUCAUCAUUCGACCAUAUGUACAGAAGUCUCUAUGAGAAUCGCUCUGCCAAAUAAAAAGUCUGCUGGAUUUUCUCCUUUGCGUUACUCUGACAGCAGGUGGCGUCGGACGAGCUGCAUGACCGAGUCCACAACACUACAUAUGCUACUGUAAACUUGGUUAAUACUCCCUCCUCCCUCUCUGCACCCACACAGAUUCACUUCAUUGAUUGCAUGUAAAGGAGGACUUGUUUGCCUAUAAAGGACCAUCUUCCUGUGUCAUAAUAACUCACUGCCACCUGCCUGUCACGCGUUACUCAUUUUCUCUGCCGCAGAGGAACCGUUGUGGAGAAAAAGUAGAGAAAAACCAACACUGUCCCUUCUUCCAUCUUGCUAACUCUCCUCGUGCCCUUAUUAAUAAAAAGGCAAAGACUGACAUGUCGGAAUUCAUACAACUGCAUGGUUCAUGUUGUCUCCUGCAUCCAGGAGUGGCUUUAAUGUUGCUGUAGCUCCUGCUGUGUAAACUUGUGUUUGGUAGUCACAAGUGUGUCUAGGCAGACAUCAGUCUAAUAGGCUACAUGUGGAACAUUAUGGACAAAAGUCCUGUACUUCAACCAGAUUGCAUCUUUGGUGUGGCCUCAUAUCUUUCUGUUACUGUUUUAUAUUAAAGGAAUAACUGAUGACUGGAUUCAGUGUUGUGUUUAUUGCAGUUUGCUAACAUUUUAUUACCACUACUAAGAGCGGUAAAAUAAUAUAUAGAAAUGACAACUGCUACCAGCUGAUCUCAGACAAGGUGUUUUGUGUUCGCGAGGUACAAUUUCCAAGUGCCACCAGGAAAGGCUGCGGUGUGGAGGACAAACACGAACUCAUUUUAAUCUGAAUGUCGUGAGACGCAGAGGGAGCACAUCACACAAACAAAAACAUGGAUAAGUAAAAUCAAUAAUAACCCUCAAUGUGUUAAACACUACAUGUCUACAUGUGCACUGAAAGCUCUGCCGGUCACUUUACUGCCCAUGCCUGCAGUGACACAUCUUCUCCAGUGGAAGUGAUGGGGCACAAAUCCACAGGCUAAUAGGAUGAUAAUAGGAAGGCAUUAGUCAUGUCCCUCCUCAUGGUGGUCUGUUAGUUGAAAACCAUUGCUCCAGAACUACUUAGC